AUGUCUGACACAAGUCCAGCGAUUCCAUUAUCUCAGGGCGCCGGAUAUGGCGUUGUGAUUGGUUUGGGCGCACUCUUCGCCCUGGGUAUGAUGUCAGUCACUGCGCUUUUGAGAAAGCGAGGAAAUUUCAACAACGCCGAAGAGUUUACCGUUGCCAAGCGAUCUCUCGGGACUGGCCUGACCGCAGCUGGUGUGAUAUCCUCAUGGACUUGGAGCACGACACUACUGUCUUCAGCAACCGUUGCGUAUGAAUAUGGUGUCGCUGGGUCAUUCUUCUACGCCGCUUGUAAUAGCACACAAAUUAUGGUGUUCAGCAAUCUGGCUAUUCAAUCCAAGCGAAAAGCACCCAAUGCCAAAACAUUCCUGGAGAUAAUCAGAAUUCGAUACGGCACAACCGCGCAUUUUUCCUUCAUGUUCUUCAGCCUAGCCUCGAACAUUCUAGUUGUUUCGUCAAUUUUGAUAGGAGGUGCGGCUGCAAUUAAUUCCCUUACUGGAAUGAACGUGUACGCCGGCCUCUGGUUGCUUCCUGUCAGUGUUGCAGCAUACACGUUGCGAGGGGGGUUGCGAGCAACGAUCCUAACAGAUUACGUUCAUACCGCAAUCAUUCUGAUUGUUAUCUUCGUGUUUUGGUUCAAAGUCUACGCAACUGGCAAUCAGAUAGGAUCACCAGGAGCUAUGUGGGAUAUGCUUAUCGAAGCAGCCAAACGCAACAACUUCUCAGCGCCUACUCAAGACGGCAGUUAUCUUACAAUAAGAUCUCUCCCCGCACUCAAAUUUGCUAUUCUCAGUAUCCUGGAAUAUACCGGGGUCGUUUUUUUGGACAAUUCCUUUCAUCAAAAGGGCAUUGCAGCGGAUCCUGCGUCCACCAUCCCCGGAUAUGUUCUCGGAGGACUGGCGUGGUACGCAAUGCCUUUUACCCUAGCUACGACAAUGGGAAUCGCGGCUAUUGCAUUGGAGAACACGCAGGCAUUCCCAACAUACCCUAGGAGAAUGAGCUCGUCGGAGAUCAGUGCUGGCCUGACCCUGCCAUACGCUGCUCAGACAAUUGCGGGAAAAGGCGGUGCUGGCGCAGGCAAAUAUCCAGUGCUUGUACUUAUGUUUAUGAGCUGUACUAGUGCGAUUUCUAGUCAACUCAUCGGCGUGUCCACUGUUCUUUCUUAUGAUGUAUACAAGACAUAUCUCAAUCCAAAAGCUUCUGAUGCUCAAGUGCUACGCUCGGGUCACUAUUGCGUCGCUGGGUUCGCGGUCUUCAUGGCAGCUUUCGGAUCUAUGUUGCACGGAUGUCAGAUCGACCUCGGCUUCAUAUACAAUAUGACGGGAAUAUUCACGGGCUCAGCAUUACCUGGACUUAUUCUUACUUUUUUCUCCUCGCGACAAGGAUCGCUGGCAGCAACCGCAUCUAUAUGGACGGGGUUCUGCACUGCUAUUAUAGUUUGGUUGACACUGGCUAAGCGGUUUUCGGGAGUCGUGAGCAUUGCGUCUGUUGGAGCAACAGAUCCUUGUCUAUAUGGCUGCAUCGCAGGGAUCGGGGCAGCUGCUCUUGUGACUCUCAGUAUAUCUAUAUUCCACAACGCUCAUUACACAUGGGACACUCUCGCCGCCAUUCGCUUAACAGACGAUGAAGGCAAUGUUAGAGAUCUCGCCUGCGAAGAUGCAGACUACGACCCUAAGAAGCUGAAGAAAGCAGCUUACAUUGCUCGCGGCAUUACUCUCUUUUUGUUUUUAGCUCUGUUUAUAAUCUGGCCGCUCAGUCUUUACGGUACAGCGUACAAGUUUUCGAAAAGCUUUUUUACUGGAUGGGUCAUUGUGUCUUUACUUUGGGCCAUAUUCUCUUUCAUGGGCGUCACAAUCUAUCCCAUUAUCGAGGAGCGACAUACUCUUAUAUUCUGGAUUCAGCUCGGCAUGGGAGGCCGCGUCUCGCUCCUAUUAAGUCAAAGCACCCCUUUGUUGGCACCCCCCCCUUGUUAG